ACCCGCCAGCUUCCACCCCCGCCGCACACGUUGCUCCCCCUUCUCAUCGCUUCUCAAUUAAUAUCUCCCAUCACUCCCCUCACUCGGUCGGCCUCGGGUUCCGCGCUGCUGCAUUUCGGCCGGCGUGUUGAGUGAGAUCUGGGCGACCGACUCGCUCGCUCGCUGCGCGGGAGAUGGCGACGUUCGCGGUGUCCGGCGCGACCCUCGGUGUGGCGCGGGCCGCCGGCGGAGCGCUGCCGCGAUCCGGCUCGGAGCGGAGGGGCGGGCUGGACUUGCCGUCGCUGCUCCUCAGGAAGAAGGACUCCUCUCGCGCCGUCCUGAGCUGCGCGGCCGCUCCAGGGAAGGUCCUGGUGCCUGACGGUGAGAGCGACGACUUGGCCGCCACUCCAGCGCAACCUGAAGAAUUACAGGUACCUGAAGAUAUCGAGGAGGAAAUGGCGGAAGUAAACAUGACAGGGGGGGCUGCAGAAAAACUUGAAUCUUCAGAACCGACUCAGGGUAUUGCGGAAACAAUCACUGAUGGUGUAACCAAAGGAGUUAAAGAACUAGUCGUUGGGGAGAAACCGCAAGUUGUCCCAAAACCAGGAGAUGGGCAAAAAAUAUACGAGAUUGACCCAACGCUGAAAGAUUUUCGGAGCCAUCUUGACUACCGAUACAGCGAAUACAAGAGAAUUCGUGCUGCUAUUGACCAACAUGAAGGUGGAUUGGAAGUUUUUUCUCGUGGUUAUGAAAAGCUUGGAUUUACCCGCAGUGCUAAAGGUAUCACUUACCGAGAAUGGGCUCCUGGAGCGCAUUCUGCAGCAUUAGUAGGUGACUUCAACAAUUGGAACCCAAAUGCAGAUACUAUGACCAGAGAUGAUUAUGGUGUUUGGGAGAUUUUCCUCCCUAACAAUGCUGAUGGAUCCCCUGCUAUUCCUCAUGGCUCACGUGUAAAGAUACGGAUGGAUACUCCAUCUGGUGUGAAGGAUUCAAUUUCUGCUUGGAUCAAGUUCUCUGUGCAGGCUCCAGGUGAAAUACCAUUCAAUGGCAUAUAUUAUGAUCCACCUGAAGAGGAGAAGUAUGUCUUCCAACAUCCUCAACCUAAACGACCAGAGUCACUAAGGAUAUAUGAAUCACACAUUGGAAUGAGCAGCCCGGAACCGAAGAUAAAUUCAUAUGCUAAUUUUAGGGAUGAGGUGCUGCCAAGAAUUAAAAGGCUUGGAUACAAUGCAGUGCAGAUAAUGGCAAUCCAGGAGCAUUCAUACUAUGCGAGCUUUGGGUACCAUGUUACUAAUUUUUUUGCACCAAGUAGCCGUUUUGGAACUCCAGAGGACUUAAAAUCCUUGAUCGAUAGAGCACAUGAGCUUGGUUUGCUUGUUCUUAUGGAUAUUGUUCAUAGUCAUUCGUCAAAUAAUACCCUUGACGGUUUGAAUGGUUUCGAUGGCACUGAUACACAUUACUUCCACGGUGGUCCACGUGGCCAUCAUUGGAUGUGGGAUUCUCGUCUGUUCAACUAUGGGAGUUGGGAAGUAUUAAGAUUCUUACUGUCAAACGCGAGAUGGUGGCUUGAAGAAUAUAAGUUUGAUGGAUUUCGAUUUGAUGGGGUGACUUCCAUGAUGUAUACUCACCAUGGAUUACAAAUGACAUUUACUGGGAACUAUGGCGAGUAUUUUGGAUUCGCCACUGAUGUUGAUGCGGUGGUUUACUUAAUGCUGGUCAACGAUCUAAUUCAUGGACUUUAUCCGGAUGCUGUAUCCAUUGGUGAAGAUGUCAGCGGAAUGCCUACAUUUUGCAUCCCUGUCCCAGAUGGUGGUGUUGGUUUUGACUAUCGCCUGCAUAUGGCUGUAGCAGAUAAAUGGAUUGAACUCCUCAAGCAAAGUGACGAAUCUUGGAAAAUGGGCGAUAUUGUGCACACCCUAACAAAUAGAAGGUGGCUUGAGAAGUGUGUCACUUAUGCAGAAAGUCAUGAUCAAGCACUAGUUGGUGACAAGACUAUUGCAUUCUGGUUGAUGGAUAAGGAUAUGUAUGAUUUCAUGGCUCUGGAUAGACCUUCAACCCCUCGCAUUGAUCGUGGCAUAGCAUUACAUAAAAUGAUCAGGCUUGUCACCAUGGGUUUAGGUGGCGAAGGCUAUCUUAAUUUCAUGGGAAAUGAGUUUGGGCAUCCUGAAUGGAUAGAUUUUCCAAGGGGUCCGCAAACUCUUCCAACCGGCAAAGUUCUCCCUGGCAAUAACAAUAGUUAUGAUAAAUGCCGCCGUAGAUUUGAUCUUGGAGAUGCAGAUUUUCUUAGAUAUCGUGGUAUGCAAGAGUUCGAUCAGGCAAUGCAGCAUCUUGAGGAAAAAUAUGGGUUUAUGACAUCUGAGCACCAGUAUGUUUCUCGGAAACAUGAGGAAGAUAAGGUGAUCAUCUUCGAAAGAGGAGAUUUGGUAUUUGUUUUCAACUUCCACUGGAGCAAUAGCUUUUUUGACUACCGUGUUGGGUGUUCCAAGCCUGGGAAGUACAAGGUGGCCUUAGACUCUGAUGAUGCACUCUUUGGUGGAUUCAGCAGGCUUGAUCAUGAUGUCGACUACUUCACAACCGAACAUCCGCAUGACAACAGGCCACGCUCUUUCUCGGUGUACACUCCGAGCAGAACUGCGGUCGUGUAUGCCCUUACAGAGUAAGAACCAGCAGCUGUUUGUUACAAGGCAAAAAGAGAACUCCAGUGAGCUCGUGGAUUGUGAGCGAAGCGACGGGCAACGGUCCGAGACUGUUCUAACCGCCGUGAUUGGGAGGGGAUCGUGCCUCUUCCCCAGAUGCUAGGAGGAUCAGAUGGAUAGGUAGCUUGCUGGCGAGCCCUCGUUUUCAAGUGACCUGCGAAAGAAAAUGGACGGGCCUGGGUGACAUUUUGUAGUGCUGCACUGAACCAUCCUAUCUCUCACAUUCCCGGUUGUUUAUGUACAUAUAAACUAAUAAUUGCCCGUGCGCUUCAACUUGGACAUAAAUAUUCUAAUAGGUUAGCCCGUGAUUCACAUGCCUAUAUUUUAGCAGAACUUUAUUUGGUGAA